CUCUGCCUUGCCAUCCUGCGGAUAUGAGUGGAGUGGAGCGAGGCAGCAUAUGAGACUGCGGAAACAUCCGUUAGCGCGUGACGCGGUUCGCCAAUGAAAUCACCCGCCUCGAGCUCUCACAUCAAUAUCUCAUCCUCACUCCACCACCUCCCCGCAAUCCUCGCCGUCACCACCUUCAUCACCUCCGUCCGCGAGGCCUCGUGCCUUACUAACAUCCAUUGUUAGUCAUCUCACACAUCACAUCACCAUGUCGGACCCCCCGAAAAAGCCGCUCUCCCUCUACGGCCAUCUCCUCCACCCAGAGCAAGCCAACCCGGGCACCACCAUCUCCAGCGCCCCAGUGCUCUACAACACCACCCACGCCAACAGCGCCAGCGAGACGCAAAAGAAGAAAGACGCCUCGCUCAAGUUCCAGCCUAUCAAGCGCCCGCAAGCCCAGCAGAAGAACAAGCCCAAGGGCCCGUCGUUUGCGUCGCACAAAUCUUCUUCUUCCUCCGGCGCGGUAAAUGCCGCUAGCUCGCCGCCUCAGUCUCUGCCUGGUAGCACGCCGCUGCAACCGCCUAGCGUGCAGAGGUCGAAUUUUGAGGAUUGGGUGGGCGAUGAAGAUGAGGGGGAUUAUUACCAGCAUCUUGCGAGGCAGAAUAAGAAGAAUCAGAGCAAGAGGAAUAAGAAGGGGAAGAAGGGGAAUUCCAAGGAGCAGGAGCUGGACAUGCCUGCGUGGGACGACGUCUACGAUCCGACGAAGCCCAAUGUGUAUGCCCAGUACAAGGGGUCUGAGGAGCAGAUGCGAGCGGCGCGCGAUUGGAAGCUCCGCUUGUACCAUGGUCAGUCGAAAGUGAGCACGAAGCACGGCGGUAGGAAUGAUAUGUUCGCUCCACCAGCCAAUCCGCAAUUCGCGCCGCCCACCUUCGACGAUGACGCUCCACGAUCACGCGCAGGCGAUGGUGGUCACGACUAUAAUGACUACGCCGCCGAUCGACGUGAUUCUGACAUGGCUGACCUUCCUGUCCCCGCUUCAGCUUCCGUACCCAACGAUCUCGCUGAAGACGACCCCUACUUGCGUCGCAUGCAGAUGAGUGGAGAUCAUGCUGAUCAAGCCGCAAUGCCUGUCACUACUCCACCUGCUCAACCCACGGUCGAUGACGCGGCAAAGAAAGCGGACGCCCAAAUUGCCGCCUUCAAAGCCAGACUCGCCAAACAACAGGCCGACAAAGCUUCUCAGUCACCGAGUGUUGCGCCAGCAAGUAUUCCGUCCGCUGGCGAUGUCAGUGCGGUCAACACGGAAGUACCCUCACCACCUCAACAGCCUGGUGCAAUCAUCUCCCGCCCUGCCGUACGCUACGAGGUGCCUGCCCCCCCGCCAUCUGCACCGGCCGAAAUUAAAGACACGACCGCUGAAUUCGAUUUGCCUUCUACCGAGCAAUCUCAACCUACCCAAUCUAAGAGAAAGGGUUAUGCCGAACGCAUCCUCCAGAAAAUGGGAUGGGAGAAGGGGCAAGGGCUGGGAGCGUCGGGCGAGGGCAUCACGACAGCACUCAAGGUCAAAGCAGAGAAGCGCAAGAAGCUCUCUGACGCAGAAGGCGGUGGAUGGGCGGUGCCGGCCAACAUGGGCAAGAUUGUGGGUGGGAAGAAGCGCAAGAUCGAAAGCGACUCUCCUUCGCAGGAAGCCGAGGUCGCCACGUCUACGGUGAUCAAGCUGGAAGGCAUGCUCAACGGCCUCGACGUCAAGCAGGAGAUUGAAGAGGGGAACUUGAUGCAAGAAAUCGGCGAGGAGAUGGGCAAGUCGUAUGGGAAUGUGGAGAGGGUGUUCAUCUGGCGCGAGGAGAUGGGCGGCGCCGACGACGUGUUUGUCAAGUUCACCUCGGAGUUGUCUGCUUUGCGCGCCAAAAAUGGGAUGGAUGGGUCGGAGUUUGCGGAUAAUGUUGUUACUGCUAAGCUCUGGGAUGGGGAGAAGUUUGAGAAGGGCGAGUACGCUUGAUGAGAUGCGUUUUCGUCCAUGUGCAUGACGGACUCGGGAUUUGGAGGUGGAGGCGCAGCGUGCUUUACUAUGAUACCCCGCGACGGCUCACUCGUAGCUAGUCGGCAUUGCAAACUACUGUUCAAAAUGGCCGGUGCUGGAUGAUCAGACAGGCCAUGAUGAAAGCAAAAGUCGUGACGCCAUUGGCCCGAACUCUGUC